AUGGCCUCCGGAUCGGCUCGCCACCGUCUCACGCCUCAGAUCUUCGCCGCCGUGUUGCUCCUCCUGUCAGAUCAGGAUCCGUAUUGUAAGUCAUGUAAACAAUAUUUGCAUCUCACCGCAGGUGGCGUUGCUCACGUUUCCUGUUUUAAAGUGCCCGAAGGUGGCGUGGCCUCCCUCUCCUGUCAAUACUCGGUAAAACGUUUCGGCUUGAGUCGGGUGUGCUGGGGCCGCGGCUGCGGGACCCUCUGGUGCAGCAACAUCCUGAUCCAGACUGAUGAGAACGGUGUUAUCUCCAAGGCGGACGACCGCUACCGGCUGACGGGAGACGUCCUCGAAGGACAAAUGGACCUCGACAUCGCAGACGUGAGACGGAGUGACAGCGGGCCGUACUGCUGCAGGGUGGACAUCGACGGGCUGUUCAAUGACAAGAAGGUGAUCAUGAACCUGAGGGUGGUCAAAGCUUCGAUCAACAGUCCUACAACAACAUUGUCAACAACAUCAACCGCGACAACACAAGUCACGGAGGUGUCGACUUCUGCAGUUAACAGGCAAACACUGCCGCGGUCACCUCAGCUCGACCUUGUCAAGAGGAACUCAACAAUUCUGCACUCCACCACCAUCACGGUGGUGAACCCUUCCGCAACACUCUCCCUUCACGUCAACGUUCCUGUCCUGUCACUCUCUCUCACCGUGCUGAUAACGUUGGCUGCCGUUUUCCUUUCUCUGGCCUUCAAGCGUGGGUUAUACAGACGGAGCGGCUGUUUUUCAAGUGAGGAACCUCCUCGAUUAUCUCUUCUGUCCCUCUCUGUCACUUUUUUUCCACUCUGUGUUUUGGCAGUUAACAGGCAAACACUGCCGCGGUCACCUCAGCUCGACCUUGUCAAGAGGAACUCAACAAUUCUGCACUCCACCACCAUCACGGUGGUGAACCCUUCCGCAACACUCUCCCUUCACGUCAACGUUCCUGUCCUGUCACUCUCUCUCACCGUGCUGAUAACGUUGGCUGCCGUUUUCCUUUCUCUGGCCUUCAAGCGUGGGUUAUACAGACGGAGCGGCUGUUUUUCAAGUGAGGAACCUCCUCACAUCAUCUACGAGAUCAGGAUGAGAAGACCUGUUCAGGAGAACAUCUAUACUCUUGACUAGACUCAAUCACAAAAUAUCACCCAUUGUUUUGACUAUCUGAUUUAUUACAGUACAGUACUUUUUUUAUUUUUUAAACAGCGUCAACUGAAUUAUGUUUUCUUGUUGUUGAACUGUGAAUAAAUCGACCUUUGUUCACAGGCUGCUGGUUAUAAAUUCAUCAGUUCAGGUUUGAAAAAGUUGAGAGAACUCUAGAUGAAUGUUUAAAGAGGAUAAUCAACUUGCACAAAUGUUAGGGCUACGCUAACAAGAAUUUUUUUGAAAAAUCGUAAUUAUGGGGAGAGGGGAUUGUUACGUUACAAGAUUAAAGUCACAAAGUUGUGACAAUUAAGUUGAGUGGGGGGAAAAAUAAUUCUAUAAAUACAUAUUUAAACAAUGCACAGUGCAUAAGAAAAAUAAUGAUACAAGAAUAGUAUCACAAUGCUGGGGGAAUUACCGGUAAGUCAUACGAGGAAAAAAAAAAUCUAAAACAAUAUAUUUUUUUCGUCCCAGAAAACUUUAUGUUAAGAGUCAUGAUAUUUACAGACUAACGUCAUAUUUUUCAAAGCAAUUAAGUCAGUGCAUUACGAGACAUUAUGAGAUUGACAUAACUUGUCAAAUUUAUAUGAAAAUACAGCAUGGCAAUGUCCUCAUGGCAAUAAAAUGACUUUGCAUUUGGAAUUCUGACUUUUUGUUUCUUUUGUGUGUGUGUGUGUGUGU